AUGAAAUUGAGUUUAAUCCUAGUGGUUUUAGUGGCCCUUGGCUGUCAGGCCAUGCCCCAGAGGCGUCGUCUCAGUCAACGUCAAGUGGAAUAUGCUAGUACCCCAUAUCCAGCGGCUGGUUUUCGUCCACGUAUCGCAUUUGAUUUACCCAAACCAAAGUUGGAAACCGAACCGGAGCCUCAAUCUAUCACAACAACCACCACACCAAAGGACAAGGAACAGGAGGAUAUUGAAGAUUUAACCACCACGGAGGAGGAUUUGGAUUUAAGUUUGCGUACACCAGCCAGCACUUAUGGAGCGCCACCAGCAACCAAUGUGGAUGAGGUCGAGGAUACUGUGGAAAUUGAGGCAGCACCAGCUCGUGACUUUCAGCCACCCGUACUCGAGGCUGUCGAGGAUUUUGCCGCUAAUGGCAUUGCUGGUGAACAGCAGCCUGUUGCUGAUGUGCCUGCCCUGGAGCCACAAGAGGAGUCCGCACCAGAGACAGAGACCGAGGCCGAUGCCACGCUAAUCAAUACCGAUGAAGUUGAACUGAAAGCUGUCACCACACCAGCAAAUACCUAUGGACCACCAUUGCCCACAGUUGCCGCUGCUGCUGGGACACCAGCCAGCACAUAUGGUGCACCCGAUUUGAAUGAGCCAACCAAUGAACUGGACGAUGUCGAUGAAUCGCAAGUGGAACUAGUCGAUGAAGCUGAGCAAGAGCAAGAGCUAACCAAUGAAUUGGCCAGUGGGCGUCUUAUACUCUUGCCUCUGGGUCCAGGUGGAGCACAAUUUGGUCGUCUCAUUUUGGCUGUGGAACAGCCACGUCAACGCCAACAGAAAUCGCUACGUAGUGAACGUUUGCGUAGGAUCUAAAGGUAAAACUCACUUACCCAGCAACAACAUCAGCAAAAAAUAAACAGGGAAA